AUGUUACUUUUGUCUAUCGCUAGCCUUAUAGGCCUUAGUUACGCAGCAGCUCAGCAGAUCUUACAGCCUAAACAUUCUGACGGCUUCCAAGUAUUCCAAAGUCAAUCUUCGCCAGAACACUCAAUUCGUAUUCGAAAGCAAGACGAAUCAAUCUGCGCAGCCGGCUCAGCACAGUACACCGGAUGGCUUGAUGUUGGCCCGGUUCAUCUAUUCUUUUGGUAUUUUGAAAGCCAGAAUGACCCCAAACACGACCCACUAACCCUGUGGAUGACGGGUGGGCCCGGCGGGUCUAGUAUGGUCGGUCUCUUCGAAGAGGUCGGUCCUUGUCUCGUCAAUGAGCACGGCAAUGGCACCUACUAUAACCCAUGGGGCUGGUCCAAGGAAUCAUCCUUGUUGUUUGUUGAUCAACCUGUCGGUGUUGGUUUCUCAUAUCUCGACGAAGGCUAUGAUCUACCCGGCGACUCGGCAAAGGCUGCUGUGGAUAUGCAUAGAUUCUUGCAGGUUUUCGUUUCAGAGGUGUUCCCCCAUCACCUGAACAGUCCGUUCCAUCUAUCUGGAGAAUCCUAUGCUGGCAAAUAUAUCCCGGCCCUUGGUUCCCAAAUCGUGAAGCAAAACAAGCUAUAUCCCCAUGAGACGCAGAUCCAGCUUCGAUCAUGCCUGGUGGGAGACGGAUACAUGUCCCCAAAGGAUGCGGCCUUUGGAUACUGGGAAACCUUGUGUACCACCAACCCGGGCGUUGCAGAGCCAGUGUUCAACAAGACCAGAUGCGAUAUCAUGGCUGCUAACAUGCCUCGUUGCAUGCAAGUUAUGGAUACUUGCAUCAACAACCCAGACCCAGCCAUUUGCAAUGCCGCAAUGUCUGUCUGCUACAAGGGCAUCAUCGGAUGGUACGAUGACGAGUCUCAUGCCGGUGGUCGUAACAGGUUUGACAUUACGGCUCCUUGCGAAAUUGAUAACUUUUGCUACAUCGAAGCGGCCCAUGUUGGGGAAUACCUUAACACCCGAGGUGUCUGGGAUGCACUCUCGCCCCCGAAACAAAUUGAGCACUUCAAUCUUUACUCUGAGGAGAUUUCUCGAUCAUUCGAAAAAACCUCGGAUUUGGAAACCUCCACGUCUGACCAAGUUGCUUAUCUACUUCAGAACCAAGUGCACUAUCUCGCUUAUCAAGGCAAUCUCGAUCUUGCCUGUAACACAGCGGGAAAUCAUCGUUGGGCGAACUCCCUUGUUUGGAAUGGACAGCCUGAAUUUGCUUCCAAGUCGUUGCAGCCUUGGGAAUCAGUGGUAGCUUCCACCGGCAAGAAUGAAACCGUCGGGACGAUGAAAGAAGUGCGAGUUCGAACGAGUGAUACCACAGAAAUCACAUCGCGGUUUGCUAUCGUGACUGUGAACGAUGCCGGUCAUUUUCUGCCACAAGAUCGUCCCGACAUUGCUUUGGACAUAAUGACCAGGUGGAUCAGUGGAGCAGAUUUCGUUUAA